GCUAAUUGACAUGCUAACAUCAUAGCAAAUUCCCACUUCCGCUUGCGUUGUACAAAUAGUACUUAAAUGCUUUAUUGCUGAUUAUCAAUAAUUCAUUAUAUUUUAUUUAAGCACAAAUUCGUGUUAAAGGAGUAUUUACCUGUGCUGGGUGAAGAUAUCUGCCGUGUAACACCGUGCAAAGAAAACUCCUCUUCACGCCAAAGUGUCCGUGGAAACCUCAACCUGUUGGUGUUAGCACACACCGGCAGCGAGGUGAAUUUCUAUUUUGAAGUUAGAACAAGAAAAAAAAACUCAAAAAGUGAACGCACCCACCUGAGAGGGUAACGUGUAGCUCAACAGAGGGGCACAACAUGUUGAUGCCUUCGCGUGCAGUGGGACAUUCAAGGGUUUAGCCCACUGAGGUGUUUCUCCAGCUAUCCUCUAAAAAAUAACUUCGGUCUUCUUACUGUCUUUUUACUACUCUGAACUCCCAGUUCGGCAUAUUCUGAACAGAAAAUAUAUUUGGUAUUGGUAAAAGGAAGGUUUUUUUUAUGAGUUCUACACAAAUAUGUUCUUUACGGGAUGCAAGUGAACGGCUCACACAAAUUCUCACCACUUUCUCUGAGACCAUCACAACACACCAUGCGGAGGAUGGCGGAGGAGAUUCAACCUUACAAGGACCACAGCUCCUGGAUAUCAAGUUGGCUUCCCUCCUGGUGCCCCACAUCUCCUUCCCAGCUGAAAAAUGCAGAAGAAAAAAUGCUCCAGAAUGUGAAGCAGCCUUUCUCCAGGCAGUAUGUCCGGAUAUCCAACAACAACUACCUGUGGACCUUAGCUUUUUCAACUUUGCCACAGCCUCACUCUUCCCCUCACCCCCCUACCACAACUAGACCUCCUCUGGUUCUACUGCAUGGCUUUGGAGGUGGUGUUGCUCUUUGGGCCCAGAACUUGGACUCGCUAUCUAGCAGUGGACCAGUCUAUGCUUUGGACCUGCUGGGCUUUGGCAGAAGCAGCCGUCCCCAGUUCAGCACUGACUCAGAGGGGGCUGAGGAGCAGUUCCUGGCAGCCCUGGAGGAGUGGAGGGAGAAGGUGGGACUGGAGGAAAUGGUGCUGCUGGGACACAAUCUUGGAGGAUACUUGUCUGCUGCAUAUACCUUUAAACACCCGCACAGGGUAAAACAUCUGCUGCUUGUGGAGCCCUGGGGGUUCCCGUCUCGUCCAGAGAACCCCAACCACAAUUCCAUCCCAGUGUGGAUCAGAGCCAUGGGGGCUGUCAUGAGCCCCUUCAACCCCUUGGCUGGACUCAGACUGGCUGGGCCUCUAGGUCCAAUGCUGGUCCAGACAAUCAGAUCCGACUUCAAGCAAAAAUACUCUUCUGUGUUUGAUGAUAACACAGUGUCUGACUACAUCUACCAUCUCAAUGCCCAGUCUCCAAGUGGGGAAACGGCUUUUAGGAACAUGACCAUUCCCUAUGGCUGGGCUAAGAGACCAAUGCUGGAGAGGAUCGGCCAGAUCCAGGAUGACAUUCCCAUUUCCUUCAUUUACGGAUCACGCUCCAGCAUCGACAGUGACUCUGGUUAUGCAUUCAAGAAGAAAAGACCAGAAGUGGAAAUCAUGGUAAUCAGAGGAGCAGGCCAUUAUGUUUUUGCUGACCAGCCUGAUGACUUCAAUCAAACAGUUCUUCAGAUCCUCACCAGAACAGAGAAGAGAAGUGAGGAUGAGGGAACAAAGUAACUAGAGCACGAAGGAACAAAAAUAAUGAAACUAACCCAAAGGAAAGCCACAGCAGUUUAACUGUAACCUCUUUGACACGCACUUUACUGUAAAAUACACUCAUUACUAAAACUAAGAGCAGUUUACUCAGCCUUCAACAGUUAAUCACCCUCCAUGCCUGGGGUUGAAGGUCAGAUGAUGACAGUUCUCCUUUUAUCCAGCUUAUUGUAAAGAAGUUUGUAAAUAAAUUCCAGAUGCAGUCUGUUUUGCACACCAAGAAUAAUCUUCGUCCUUGUGUUGCUGAAGCAAUAAGUAUGAACCAAUGUCCAUCUAAAAAUAAAAAUUCUCAGUAAUUGCUUCGCAA